AUGGACAUCUAUUCCACCGCCUUCACCUACCCCCGCCGCAACCGCACCUCGCCCAGCCAGAACCACUCGGACGCCUAUCCAUCCGCUCCUUUCCCCACUUCCUCAAACUCAACCUCCAACAACAGCCCUAGCUCGACCACAAAUGGACACACGAACAACGCCAGCGACGCACAGCUCCUCGCGCCUUCACAAGCCGACGCCGAAGCAGUCCAGAAGCUCGCGAUGAUGACCAUGGCCACUCAGGCCUGCCAUGUCUCUUAUGCUUCUGCCGACCAGGCUACUGCCUGGAAUUUUCUCGUUUCGGGGACGUAUCAGCAGAACCGCGCCUCCAUCAAAGUGACGCGCUCCGAAGUUCUUGACUUCCCCUCCUCGAAACCCGCACUGAAGCCGGAGGUUCGUCGCCGACUAGACGACAUUGCCUCUCAAACACUCGCACACAUUGCCGUCGUCAACUCUCCAUUCUCGCUCUCCACACGAACGCCGCCGGACGGCAUAAGCAGUAGCGCCGGAUGGUCUGGCUUGGAGACGGAGCGCGUAUGCGAGCUUGUCAUCACCGGACCGGGAGACUCGGUAGACAUUGCGAGGGUGAGGUUGUUGGUGAUGCUCGAUGAACUGAAUGGCCUGCAUGCCGAAGUGUGCGAGAUCGACCAAAAGCUUCAGGCUAUUGUCGCGGGCCGGAAACGACAUAUGCUACAGUCAAUCCAAGAGGAGACUGCGACAAACAUAUACUACCCUUCCCCAUUGCACGGCUUUGUCGGUCCUGACGUGGCGAAUAUGUCUGCGGUUCCUUCAACGCCUGGUAGCCCACCUCGAUUGAACAAGAAUGCUAUUCGGAUCACUGGAGAGUUCUUUGGCGUUCAGAGGGCGCGGGACAUGUUGCUCCAGGUUGCACUGACAAAGAGCAAGGGCGUCAUCUCUCGAGACACUGCGAUUCUACCACGCAAGCUGGAUUGGAUGGUCACAAACCGAGCUGACGAUCUCAAAGCCGUCAUGCACGACAAUGCGACGUUCAUUCAUUUCCCUCCCAUCGGUAGCUCAACCAGUAUGAUUACCGUCUAUGGCGAUCACAGAGUCAAUAUUCAACGCACCAUACGAUCGGUUAUGCAACUUGCAUGUCAAUUCUACAUCGCCUCAUUUUGGCUACUUCCAACGCAAUUCAAUGUCCUAUUACCGCCCCCGAGCCUUAACACCACGCAAGUCACGAACAUCAUCAAGCAAGUUUCUGCUGCGACAGGCGCGGAGGUCGUUUUCAAGAGCAUGUGUUUCGAGAUGCAUGGGCUUGAGCACGAAGUCCGCAACGCAGUCAACAUGAUCUUGGACCUCGACAUCGUCAAGGCCUUCCAUCACGAGAUACGCUUCCAGAUCGAGCUCGCGAACGAACACCGCGAGUUUAUUAGCGGGAAGAAGAACGGAAAAAUUAACAAGAUCAUGCAAACGACGAAUGCGAAGAUUAAAUUCGAAACCUUCAACGACCACAACUUCUUGAUUGACAUUGCCGGUAAUGACGCUUCCGUCCUCCAGGGGCUCACCCUCCUCCAAGAAGAACUUCCCGCGGAGAUCUCGUUCCACGUGCCGGAAUCGUAUCACAAGCGGAUUAUUGGCGUGGGUGGGAGGAGCAUCCAGAGGAUCAUGAAGAAGUAUGGGGUGUAUGUCAAGUUCAGCAAUGCGGAGGAGUUCGCGCAGUUGGGUGGAUAUAAUGACAAUGAGGACAACGUGGUGGCGAGGACGCCUGCGAAGAAUGCUAUCAAUUUGGAUAAUUUGAAGCAGUCGGUGAUGGAGCUCGUUAAUCCCAAGGACAAGGAUUAUAUGAGCGAGGCUGUGGCGGUCCCGAGGAAGUACCAUAGGACAUUACUCGGCGAGAAGUGCAUCUUCAUCCACGACAUUGAAAACAAGACGAAUUCUCGCGUCCGAUUCCCAGACAAGGAGAACGCCUCGGACUGCAUCACCAUCUUCGGCCCAGAAUCUCAAAUCCAAAUCGCCGCCACAAUGCUCUUAGAGCACGUCCCCUUCGAAGCCGACAUGGCCGUCCCCCCUCAACCCGAUCUUCCCCGUAUCUGCAGUUCCCCCGAAUUCAACUCUUUCGUCGAACAGAUCAAACGAGACCUCCAAGUCGUCAUCUCACCGAACCUCAAAUCCCUCGGUGCCUCUGGCGGUGCGGAAACACCAUCAGAUUGCUCGUUCAAGUUCCGGUGUCAGAGGAGCAACAGCGAUUUUCUCGUCACGGCGAGGGAGAUGCUUGAGCAGUUCUUGCUGAAUCAUAAUAUUCAUGUGUAUCCGUCGCCAACGUCUCAUACACAUAAGAGGGGCGACUCGUUCGCGGAGGCGUUCCCGCAUUUCGAUAGCAAGGUGUUGUCGACGAUGCCCAGGACACGUGGCUCCGCCGACCUCUCAAGACCGGAACCCAUGAUCGACCGACGACUGAGGCUCGCCAGUUCGUCUCCCGACGUUAAAGCUCUCUUCAAUAACUCACCUCAGUACAUCUACCACCUCGACGAAGCUCAAGAGUCCCUUGACAGCCAACCAAACUACCCACCCAUCCAACCCCAAGUGAACGAUUACUGGAACCCUCAAGGCCAACCGCCCAUGAUUCGACACGGUCGUUUCCUCUCCAUGUCGCAUGUCAACGACGAAAUGUCUCCCGCGUCUGGUGUCCCACCUCACGCGAGAUUCGGACUUUCGCCUGACGACAUUCCGGGUAGUUUCCAUCGUGGUUCGGAUUCGUUGCUCGAGGCGAAGCUGAAGGACCAGAUGUCGAAACCGAAUCGGAGUCUGACGAACAGGGCUCAGUCUCUCGAUCUCACACUCUCGUUGCAGAGGAUCACAGAGUCUGGGGCGAGGUACGGACCCGGUGGCCCGCCAGAUUCACCGACCAACUCUUUAGGCGAGACGGCGCACAGCUCUAGCCCGACGUCUGCCACGGGGCCUUCGUUCCCCUCCGUCUAUGGUCCUCCUUCUGGAUCCGGAGGGCUCCACCAUAACAAUCAUCAUCACGGACACAGUCACAGUAUAAGCCACAGCCAUACGCAUCCACACGGAAGGGGGCUUAGUCCGGGUGACAUGAACGGAGGGGGCGUGGGUGUUGUUGGCGGUGGGCCGGGGAUGAGGAGUCAUGGUGGCACGCCGCAAGGUUUCAGGAGGAGCAGGUUGUUGGAGGAUGAGACGGUGGAUGACGACGAUGUGUCGAGGGUGAUGUCGAAUUUGGGCUUGUGAGUCCUUGCUAGAGAGUUUGAUGGGUGAAGUGCCUACUGUAGUCGUCUCUUCCACUCUUUCAUCCCUUCGUCGUCGGUGAGGUCGAGUGUUGUUGUGCAAGUAGUUUAUUCACGUGCUUGCUCGCUGGUUCGCGCUUCGAGGUUGGACGUGCGCAUCUUUUUCGCCUUUCUUCUUUCUCGCGACGCCAUACCUUACGUUCGAGGCAAGCAUUCCUAAAAGUCCGCUUACACUUCUUCUUUUCCAUAUCGUGUUCUCUGCGCCUUUCGACUUCUACUCUCGAAGCCGUUUAUCUGUCUGUCCGUCUGGUCUGGUCUGUACAUAGCCCGGGAAGGGGCACGCGGACUUCCUCAGCCUAUUCCAUUGAUUCAACCCAAUUUUGCCUAUCACCAAUUAGCUUUGUUCAUAACCAUCUUCGUCUUCAUUUCUGCACUUCCUUAUGGGUCAUCGCCUUGUAUGUCUCUCCCUUCAAUUCACCGUUCGAUCUGUCCGCAUCGUCACCAUAUUGUCGGCCGCUGCGCUUUCUUCGACUUGAACCUCAUCUUAUUCCACUUCAGUUACCUUCGUUUUUCUUUCCCUUCCAUCGAACCAUAGUCGUCGUCGUCGUCAUAUACAGUGUUCAAUGUUCAAUGUCC